CACAGGUCCAGAUGGAAACCCAUAGAUGUAUAGUGGGAUGGGGAUAGAGCGAGGGGCCGAUCCAGGAGGAGUGGAGGGGAGAGCUUGGGUACUGAUGGGCUGGUCUGGAGAGGAGGGAGCGGGAGGCUGAGUUGUCUGGGUCCACAGGCCGAUCAGGGCUCAUGAUUAGGGGUAGGUUGGGCCUGAGGUCCUUGGUUACAUUCUCCAGACACAAGUUGUCUCAGAGCAUGUGAUUUUCACCCCUCCCUGUCUCCCUGCCAGGGGAGAUCAUUGGGGGAUGGGAAGCCCAGCCCCACUUCAGAGCCUACAUGGCCUACGUGAAGAUAGCAACGUCAAGAGGAGUGAAAACAUGUGGGGGGUUCUUGAUUCGAGAUGACAUGGUGCUGACGGCGGCUCAUUGUAACAAGGAGCAGGGACACCUCACCGUCUCCCUGGUAGUCCAUGACCUUAGACUGUGGGAAUGGAGCCGACAAGAAAUCCCUGUGCGUCGCCGGAUCCCCCACCCGCAAUAUGACAUUCACUCCCUUAACAACGACGUCAUGCUGCUGCAGCUGGCGUGCCGAGCCAGGCUCAAUGAAUGGGUGGGGCUCAUCCCCUUGCCCAGCGCCUGGCAGGGCGUGUGCCCUGGGGCCAUGUGCAGCGUCGCCGGCUGGGGCCGGAUGAGCGCCCGCAGGGCAAAGGGCUCGGAUGUGCUCUGGGAGGUGGACGUGGCGGUGCUGGAGGAUUAUGUGUGUCUGAGGAAUCCUGACCACAUCUAUCGUUACUAUAACACCUCCACCAUGCUUUGUGCAGGGGAUCCGAAAGAGGGCAAAGACUCCUUUAAGGGUGACGCUGGGGGCCCCCUGGUGUGCGGCAAAACAGCCCAGGGCAUCGUCUCUUGGGGCUCCCUCAAUGGCCCCCCCUCCCCGGGGUGUACACCAGAGUCUCCAGAUUCGUCCCCUGGAUCCUGGAGACCCUGA